AUGGAAAUGAUUCUCUGGCACACCCUCCAGUUCGCCCGCUGGAACCACCACGACCUCCUCGCCCGCGCCCUCCCGCACACCUACACCCGCCUCCUCCCCUCCUCCCUCGCCCGCGCCUCGACGCAAGGCUACGCCGGCGCCCGCUGGGGCAAAAUGACGGACCCAUCCACCAUCGACGCCCCCGGCGAGAUCAACACUCUGCUGAUCUGGCAGCAGCCACACGCCAUGUACUUUGCCGAGAUCGAGUACCGCCACGCGCCCUCCCAAGAAACCCUAGAGAAAUGGGACGAAGUCCUCACAGCCACGGCCGAUUUCAUGGCGUCCUACGCCUUCCAUAACGAGGCCACGGGGUUCUACGACCUCGGCCCGCCAAUGUACCCCGUCUCGGAGAACACCAACCCCAACGCAACGGUGAACCCGACCUUUGAGCUCGCUUACUGGAGGUUUGGCCUCGACGUCGCGAUGGCCUGGAAACACCGCCUCGGCGAGCCCGUUCCGGGAGCAUGGAUGACUGUCCGGGAUAACCUGGCGCCUUUGCCCGUGGUGGACGGCACGUACCCCGUCUAUGAGGGCAUCCAGGGCAUGUGGACCAACAGCACGACGGUGCAGGACCACCCGGCCAUGUCGGGGAUCUUCGGGCUGCUCCCGCCGCCAGCAUCCGGGCCGGCGCUGAACCGCACGAUACUCGAGAACACGGCCGCGCGCAUCUGGCAGCUGUGGGCUCUCGAUGAAUCGUUUGGUUGGGAUUUUCCAAUGCUCGCGAUGAAUAGCCUGCGGCUAGGCGACACGCGGCGGGCGGUUGAGUAUCUGCUGCAUCCGACGUUCCAGUUCGACGAUGCGGGGUAUCCGGUUGGUGGUACUAGGGUGCCGACGCCGUACUUCCCGAGUUCGAGUAGUUUGCUGCUGGCGAUGGCUAUGAUGGCUGCAGGGUGGGAUGGGGCGGAGGGACAGCAUUUCCCCGAGGAGUGGGAUGUUGUAGUGGAGGGUUUCGUUCCUGGACUGUAG